AUGUCAUCCGAGCAUCACAACACCGCAGCCCCCGGCUUAUUAUCAACCACCGACAAUGACAGCGAAGCUCACAGCUGCUCACAUAGUCGUAGUGAAACACAAAGCCUCUUCAAUUCCUACGGAGCCGUAAAGCCAAACCAGGUAACGCUGAUCGUUCUCAUUUCAUAUACGAUCGUUGGCAUCUUGGUUUACCAUGUCCUAUGCGCCCUAGCAGAGGUGGCCUCUCCAGGGCCAUCGACGGUUGCUGAUCAUGCUGCGAAGUUUUGUGACCCAUCUCUUGGUUUCACAAUAGAGUGGAUAUACUGGCUGAAGCUUUUGGUGGUCACACCUAACCAAUUGACAGCGGCAGCUCUGGUAGUGUCAUAUUGGCUGGAUGCCGACAUUGUCAAUCCUGGCAUAUGGAUAACUGUCUUCAUGUUAAUCAUACUUGGUGUGAACUAUUGGGGCAGUCGAUUUAUGAGCCAAUAUGAGUUCAUUCUAUCUUCUUUCAAAAUCACGGUGGUGCUUGCGCUUAUGGUCUUUUCCCUGGUUCUAGCGCUAGGAGGCGGCCCAGAUCACGACAGGAUAGGAUUUCGAUACUGGGAAACUCCACGUGCCUUUGCCGGCGACCAUACAGCUACUGGAAUACUUCGCGCUAUAUGUCGGACGAUGCCUUCCGCCACCUUUGCAUAUCUAGGAAGUGAAUUGAUUGGCAUCAAUAUCCUGCGUACAAGGAAUACGCGAAAGACUGCGCUGCACGCAACCAAGCUAACGUUUUACCGCAUACUGGUUAUCAACAUCGUUACCGUUACCUUCAUUGGUAUGUUGGUUCCAUUUGAUGCCAAGGAGCUGGAAUUUGCUAGGGUAAAAACAAGCUCGAGACUAUAUGCGAGAGCUACUUUCCCUGGAGACAAACAGCCUACCGCUUCCUCAGCUGCCGCUUUUGUGGUGGCGGUUCAGAUAGCCCACAUAGCUGUGAUGCCGCAUAUCCUCAAUGCGUGCUUCCUUUUGUUCAUACUAUCCGCAGCAAACCAUUCCCUCUAUAUGGCAACACGAACUCUCUACGGCUUAUCCCUUUCACGAAACGCUUUUGCCUUCCUGUCUCAUCUUGACCGUAGGGGAACUCCGAUCUAUACUCUCUUCGUUUGCUCAGCGGUCGCCUCGCUGGCUUACUUGAAUAUCCAGGAAGAUUCAAAAUGUCUCUUUAACCACUUCGUGAACUUGAUUACCAUGUUCAGCAUUCUCACCUGGAUCUCGAUUCUUGUGGUCCACCUUACCUUCGCGAGGUUCCCAAAGGCAAAAGCUGAGGCUAACCCGCUCACCUUCAGGGCUCCAUUUGGGGUCGCUGGAUCAUGGGCAGCACUAGCGUUCUGUGUUUUUAUCACGGCAAUGAGGGGUUUUGACACGGUGGACUCUGAUGGCGGUCCUAACAAGGUUGAUUAUAAGGCUAUCAUCACAUCAUACGUUGGGAUCCCGCUGUAUUUGUUGCUGUUCAUUGGUCAUAAACUUUAUAUCAAAAACAGAAAAUGUCAGUUGGAUAUAGAACCAAUUGAAAUGGUAUCAUAG